AAAAACACCCACUUCCCCGCCACUCGACUUACUUUUCUUCGUGUAACAAACAAAAUCAAAACCUGAGCGCGCAUAGCUAACUCGCCAGACUAGACUAUAACACACUCGCCUAUCUCCUCCACGUCUACGGAAGUGCUAAAAUAGAACCAAACGGGGAAACGCAAUGUCGACCAUGACUUCUCGCUCGAUCCCAGUACCCAUUCCCCGUCAAUCAUCAUCAUCAUACUCUCGCACUCACUCGCAUACAGCAGCGGCAUCAGCGCAGCAAGUCGUGCCUUCAUCCCCUCCUUCGCCAUCCCUUUCUACCUCUACCAUUCUUUCAUACGCCACUUCCCCUUCCGCGUCCCCGCUCAUACCCAACACUGAAGUGCCUUCUAGCCUCAAAAGCGCAUCGAUGAAUCAGCCUUCAUAUCAUCUCCAUUCUCCUUCUUACUCCUCUUCCUAUCAUCAUCACCAGCAAAUCCAUGACCAACGCCAGCACCAACGCCAUAAUCAUCAUAACCAGCAUCGUUCACCUCCUAGUACCCAACUCCCACGUAGUAGUGCGCGUCCUCCUGUAAAUGCAAACCAGUUCCCCCGUUCCGACGUCUUGAAUAGAGGUACUGCGCCCAAUGAAGAGGCGUCGGAUGAUGAAGAUGCCGAAGCGGGCGAACCACAAGUUUUUGUGCCUCGCUCGAGCAUGGAUAAGAGUGGAACAGUGAUGGGAAGACCGGUGUUGGAUGUAGGUGGGAAGCCAGGAGGACCAAGCUCCAGGGGGAAAGCAAGUUCGAGCAAGACGAAUAUGGCGUUGGAUAUUUGGCUUGAGGUGGCCGACCAACAUCGAAGGAUGGAUAAAGUCAUUGACGGAUAUGGACUGGACAGCUCGAAUAGAACGUACUCUUCGACGAGCCUGGAUUUGGAUUUGGACUCAGAUUUGAAUUUUCGUCCUUCCGGACCGAGUACGAAGACAAGGACGAGCGUAACGAAUACGUUCAGAUUCUUGCACUCUUUGGAGAUGACUUCACCCGAGUUCUUACAGAGGAAAGAGCACCUCUUUCCUUCUCCUUAUGAAGUGGGAGUACCGAGGGAGAUGUUAUCCUCUUCAUCUUCCACGUCAUCGCCUUCAACGUCAACAUCCACCUCAAGUCAAUCGUCAGUAGCGGGAUCGGCAUACUUUUCUUCCUCUUCGUCGUUCGCAGCAGGACGUCGUUGACCAUGAAACCGACGUGAGGUUGUCGUGACUGUGUGCCUCUCUACUCCAUGUGCUCCCUUUUUUUUGGUUUUACAUAAAGCAAAGUUCUACAAUUCGUGUUUUUUAUCAGAAGAAUUUCAGUGCGACAGUACUAUAAUCCCUAUCCCUACUCUACCCUAUCAUACCUAAGUACCCAUCCAUAGUAUAUUCUCAAUGUGUUGGCAUUCGUGCGUGUUAUCUACAAGAAAACCACGUUCAGCAACCUUCCUUUUGUAUAGUGCUGACUAGUUGUUCUUGAUUCCGAUGCUCUUAUACUUGCAAGACUUGAUGCUGAUUCUAUAUAUACAAUGCAAACACCCAACGUAUGACGAUC